AAAAAUUAUACUUGUAGACAUUAUCAAAUAACGAGUUUUAAUUCACUGCUCAACUGUUUGUAGUAAAUAUGUCCCAGUUUGGAGCAACAUUUCGGUCUUUUUCAACAAGAAGAACCUUAGAAUCAAAACAAACAGAAAUAUUCUCUAAAAUGUCUGAGAAAUGGUGGGAUCCUAACGGUACAGUAAAACCUCUUCAUGCGAUGAAUUUAUUACGAAUUCCUUGGAUUAGAGAUCGCUUAGGUGCUAUCGGUGCUUUUAAACCCGCUAUAACAGAAAGUACUCCACUUUCCGGAUUGUCUAUUUUAGACGUGGGUUGCGGAGGUGGAUUUUUGUCAGAGCCUUUGAGUCGUUUAGGAGGAAAUGUCGUAGGUUUGGACUGCAACAGCGACAUGUUAAAUGUAGCAAUUUCACGUUUAGAAAAAAAGAAUCUUUCGAAUUUAAACUAUGUACAGUCGACAAUUGAAGAAUACGUUGACGAAAAUAUGGAAAAUUACGACGUCGUGGUGGCUUCCGAAGUUAUCGAACACGUUGAAAAAAAGGGUGAAUUCAUCAAGUGUUGCGUCAAAUGUCUUAAACCAGGAGGAUCUAUGUUCGUCACAACGAACAGCAAGUCUGUGAUCUCGGGAUUUUUUGGCAUUACGGUAGCGGAAAAAAUUUUUCGACUGGUACCUGAAGGGACCCACCACUAUGAUAUGUUUGUCGACCUCGACGAUCUGAAACAGUUACUUCAGAAAGAAGAGUGCGAUACGAUUUUUAGCAGUGGAAUGGUGUACAACCCUUUUAUUAAUAAAUGGUAUUUUAUAGAAAAUCCCUACAUUUUGCAUUAUGCGCUGCACGCUAUGAAGGUGAAAAAGUAGUUUGAAUGUUGAACUUUGACUUUUAGCAACGUAAAAAUAAAUACUGUAUGAUCUGAAAACUGUCAAAUAUAGUGUAAAAAAUUUACAAAUGCCAAAUUUACAAAUUUAUAAUUAUUAAUAAGAGUAAGGUUUUUCUUCCAUAGAAAAAUAAAGAAACAACAAAAGUUAUUUUAUUUUCUAAAUAAGUAACUGCUCAGAGAAGAUUAUUUAGUCACAAUGAAAAACUGAAAACGAUAGCCAGAUCAGCGUUUUUCACCACAAUAAUAAUGUUGCAAAACUUUGUCUAAAAUUAAUUAGGUAGAAUUUUCCUCGUCCCUGAAAUAGUCCAACAAAUCCAGCUUUUUCGAUAAUUCCUAUAAGUUAAGAAAUACACUUAGAUAAAAUAUAUCACAUCUUCGGGCUAUUAGUACCACACUCCAAUGUAGUCUUUAUUUUCAUUCCAUCUACUUUGGAAUUUUUUGUUCUACAAAAUUAGGUCUGUAUUUCCUUAUGUAACAUUAUUUGCAUACCUUCUAGUGCAUUAGGGACUUUAUGGUGUCAAAUUUCUCCAAAAUCAUAUGAAGUUUAAUGUAAUAAGUCUGCAUGCAAGUGACGAAAAUAAAAUAUUAGAUGUUACCAGUUGUUACUAGGAAACUUUAAACGAAUAAUAUUUGGGGUCCUGAUGGCAUACUGGCGUUCAUUUUCAAACAUUGUACAUCUGUUUUAACCGAUCCAUUGUCAAUUCUUUUUAAUUUAAGUAUUUUCACAGAAAUGUAGGUACUAACAUUGUAAAGUUGCUGAAGAUCUCGAAAAAGUGAUGAGCAUUUUGACAUCUCUAGAUACGAUUCUUCUGACUAACAAAAUUUUAAGAUCAAAUAUAUAAAUCUAAACCCAAA